AUGGCGUUGUCGCCGUCUGCGCCAACUAGCCCGCUCCCGCGGCAGCUGCUGCGCUACGUGUCGUCCGUCCUGGGCGUCGCGCUCGAUCGCCGAGCGCCUCCGACCAUCAGUUUGCCGAGUGCGCCGCGGGGAGUGGAUGUGGCGGCGGUGUCCCAGCGGCUGCAGGCCGCUCCUUCCCCGAAAGGGCGCCCCGGAGCGCCGAGGCAAGGCAGCGGCGGGCAUGUCAAUGCCGCUCCAGCGAUGGCGACGGUAGCAGCGCGCGUGGUUACGCCUAUGCGACGGCCCACGCCGCCUGGUCCCCCGGCACAGGGCAGCGGCGGCAAAAUCCAUGCCGCGCUGGCGGCGGCGACGACAGCGCGCGUGGUUAUGCGAGGACCAGCUCCGCCAGGUCCACCAGCACAAGGCAGAGGCGGAAAAGUUCAUGCCGUGUCACCGGCGGCGACGGCGCGUGUGCUUACGCGAGGGCCCGCGCCGCCUGGUCCCCUGGCAGAGGGCGCUGGCGGCCGUGGUGGAAUCAUCCAUGCUAUUGCUUCUUGA